AUGGAGAGAGCCAACAGCACGUUGGUCACUCAAUUUGUCUUCGUGAGAUUUUCCAACUCCCCACGUCUCCAGCUGCUCUUUUUCCACCUCUUCCUCCUGGUCUACCUCUUAUCUCUGGUGGGCAAUGCACUCAUUGUGCUCAUUGUGGCCCUGGAUGGUCACCUCCAUACUCCCAUGUACUUCUUUAUCUGCAAUCUCUCCUCGGUAGAGCUCUGGUACACCACAGUCACUGUGCCCAAAAUGCUGGCCAAUUUUCUCAGUUCCCCAGGGGUCAUCUCAGUUCCCAACUGCAUCACCCAGUACUACUUCUUCUUCUCUUUGGCUGCCACGGAGCUCUUCAUUCUCACCACCAUGGCCUUUGACCGCUAUGCUGCCAUCUGCCGACCACUCCACUACCCACUACUGCUCAGCCCUCAAACUUGUGGUAUCCUGGCUGGGGUCUGCUGGUUUAUGGGAUUCCUCUGCCCCAUGUUCCCCUCAUUCCUCCUUGCAAAAACCUCCUUCUGUACCCCCAACCAGAUCAACCACUUCUUCUGUGAUGCCGAUCAGAUUUUCUGCCUUUCCUGCACAGACACAUAUGCCAUCCAGGCUGUGGGCUAUGCUUUUAGCACUGUCAUUAUCCUAGGGACGCUGGUCUUUACCAUGGCUUCCUAUGCCCAAAUCCUGGCCACAAUUCUUGGCAUGGCCUCAGCUGCUGCCCGACGCAAGACCUUUUCCACGUGCACAGCCCACCUUUCUGUGGUCACCAUCUACUUCGGCACACUCAUAUUCAUGUAUGUCCGCCCAGCAGUAAAAUAUGAGUCAAAUAUCAACAAGAUUGUGGCUAUCUUCUACUCAGUCAUCACCCCACUUCUCAAUCCUCUCAUCUAUACACUACGUAACAAGGAUGUCAAGGAAGCCCUAAAGGUGUUGGUGUCCCGGAUGCAAAAAUUCUGCUGCCCAAGCAAGGAGACAAAGUGA